AAGAAGCGUUCACUCCCUCCAGAGGAGCGCACAGCUUUUUGAGGGAGCCAGUGGUGAGGGGGAGAAAAACAAUCCAGUCAGCGUUUUGUAGCACUUUCAGAUGAGUUCUUCUGCCUCGUUAGAGAUAUUGGCAUAGCUGACAGAUCAUCUGACGCCAGUUUAAGGAAUGUUUUAGGGACAAAUUGUCUCCAAGGGGCAAUUGGAGCGGGCAGUCUGAGCCUUUAUAAUGCGGAGAGAUCAAGUCUCAGUAGUUUGUCGGUAUGAACGCAGCGCAGACGGACCCUGAGAAACUGCUUUCAUGGAUUGACUGACUGAUUGAUUGGCGUUUGAUUUUUUUUAUUUUUCAGUAUCAGAGGAUUUUUUUCCUGUGUCGUGGUUAGUAUAUAAUUCUAAAAUUAAAAAAAGAAACCCUCAAAUCGUGGAUUAUUAUCACUGGGAGUCGAGGAUUUUUGUGGCGCGUCUGAGGAUAUAGAUUUUUUUUUUUACAGUGAUCCUGCGCUUGGGUCAAGGAUCCGGAGAGGGGAAUUAACCUUUCACAAGGUGGAAAUAUAAGUCGUAUUGGACCCUAACUCAUCUAUCUUGCUGCUGAGUCCAACAUGAAGUCUGUCACUGUGUGGAUGUGCGUCCACAUCUUUCUCCUGCUUUUAGAUGAGGCAGCAAGUUCCUGGGAGGGUCCUUCAGCUUUGUCUGUGUCCUUGGCCAAUGGUUCUCCAGGGUCUGCGGGCACUGGGUCUGGGCCCGGAGCUCAGCCAGAAUGGGUGGACUGCAUCCAGGCGAGUGACAUGUGCAACCAGAACCCUUACUGCAGCUCUCGGUACCGGGUGAUGCGCCAGUGCCUUGUGGGCAAGGAGAAGGAAGCAAUGCUGGACAACAACAGGGAGUGCCAGGCUGCUUUGGAAGUGCUGCUGGUUAGUCCUCUGUAUGACUGCCGCUGCAAGAGGGGCAUGAAGAAGGAGCUGCAGUGUCUGCAGAACUACUGGACCAUCCACAUGGGACUCACUGAAGGUGGAGACAUAGAGGACUCAUCCCCGUACGAACCUGUAGCACCAAACCGACACCCCGAUGCAUUCCGCUUGGCCUCCAUCUCUUCAGGAAUGCUCACAGCGGCCCCAAAAGGUUUCCACUGUCUUGAUGCAGAGAGAAACUGCAACCCCUGUCUUGACGCGGCCAAAGCCUGCAACCUCAACGGUAGCUGCAAGAGGCAACGCUCCGCCUACAUUGCUACCUGCAGCAAGGAGGACCCCAACAAGGGUGAAGCGUGCAGCAAGAAGCGCUGCCAUAAAGCACUAAGGUUGUUCCUGGACCGUGUGCCCCCUGAGUACAGCCACCGGCUGCUCUUCUGCCCCUGCCAGAGUGAGGGCUGCGCCGAACGACGCAGGCAGACAAUCGUGCCCGAUUGCUCCUAUAAAGAUAAGGAGAAACCCAACUGUCUGGAGCUACGGAGGGUCUGCCGCCAGGAUGCUCUCUGCAGGUCUAGGCUGGCUGAUUACCUUGUGAACUGCUGGGUGACUCCGCACACACCGAGCACCUGUCCCAACCAAGACAAUCACCAAGCCUGCUUGGCCUCCUACGCAAGGCUCAUCGGGACAGAGAUGACUCCCAACUAUGUCGACAGCAGCUUCUCCAAUUGGACCAUCUCUCCGUGGUGCACCUGUAAGGGCAGUGGAAAUCAGGAAGAGGAAUGUAUGAACUUCCUGCGGUACUUCACCGAUAACACAUGCCUAAGAGAUGCCAUUCAGGCCUUCGGCUAUGGGAUAGACAACAUGCAGAACAAAAACUUGUCUGUCUCUGGCCCCUCGGUGACGACGAAGACGGGGUCAGAUUUGUCGAUGGGCACCUCAGUACCUCCCAUUGUCACCAUCCAAGAGUAUUCUGAAUCGAGAGACGAUGGCCUGGGCAAAACCCGGGGCCUGCCAGAGGAUCACUCUGCCUGUCUGCGUGCCAACGUCUGGGCUCUGCUUCCCGGCCUGGCUUUGGCUCUGGUCCUGGCCCAGCAUGCCUUAUAGGAGCGCCAGGAGAAGAAAAAAGAGGUCAUCCACCCACAAGCUGAUCCCAAAAGCAGAAGGUGUUAUUUCUGAGGCUGAUAUUAAGAAGGCUGAAUCUCUGGGUAGUUGACAUGAAUGGCAUUUAUAAAAGAAGAAAAAAACAAAAAGAGCUGGAAAAUAUUGAAGUUUUACAAGUGUGAAUUUGUUGUUCAUUUGAUGUAUCGUUAGGGCGGACCACAACUGUGAUGAAGCACAUGGCUUUAAAAAGGACCCUUGGUAGGAGAGGCCCAUGAAGGCUGUUCACUGGGAAUGACUCUCCCUCAGACUGAGACACAAAAUCCUGGAGGACUGAAGCUGAACAUUUUAAAGACUUCUGCACUUUUCUCACCAAAGGAGGGAGAGAAGGAGUGAACAACGUAAUUAAAAGAAGACAGGAUUGACAGAAAAGAAAUUGUUGCAGAGAGAAAAGGAAUGAGCGAGAGGUAAAUGGGGUAGGAGUGAGAGCGAGAGGAGAAAGAGACAUAUUUCUGCUAUCAGUCACACUUUUUGUUUUUUUUUUUUGUCUUGAAUUGGUUCUCGACUUAAUCUUCUCUUGGAUGAACAGACCACAAAUUUAGGGGCGAGAUGGGGGAUGAUUACAUUCUGUCUUCAACACUAGUGUAAACUCUAAACUGUAAAGCCUACUCAGUGUUCUAAGUGUUGGUAUAGUAUCUGUGACCAUAAUCAAUCUACCGUACAGCUCUUUCAUUUGGGUGCUAUACAGUAUACUUUUUCAGCAGGUGGCGAAAAGAACUAAAGAUGGCGACGUAACCAGUGAAUGGUCCUUUGGUCAUUUGAGAUGUUGUUGUUAAUGACUGUGGGUGUGCACCAUAUGUCCACCUGCACAUGUGUAUAUUUCUGUCUCUAUGUAUAUAAAAAACUCUUUUCUUUCAUUCAACCAAAUGAUAUCUACGGUAACUUGAAUGGACAUUACUGUACGCUAAGAUGGCUCUGUAUUGGAACUAAUGGAAGGCCUUCAUUAUCUGCGUUUAUAUUUGUCUAUAAAGGUUUGAUGACAAAGAAUGUAUACAGGGAUGAGAUUAAACGAGCUCUAACUGCUUGGAAAGCCAUAACCUGUGUGUGAGUAUCAUACUGUGUUCACUGAGUUUGUGUGUGUGCGUGUGGACAAUUAUUAUAAUGUGUGUGCGUCUAUGUUUCUGUGCAGAAGAAAAGUAGCUUAUAAGGAGCAGUUUAAAUUGCCAGUGCGGGGGUUCGUUCUGCCCCCUCAGAGAGCAGAGGUUAUGAUGCAUAGUGUAAUUAACUGCAGGCUUUUUUGAGAGUCAGGACAGCCACCAGUGCUUGUGACCCAGCCUUUUAACUUCAUUGUUCUUCUUUUCAUAGAAUAUUUUAAAGAGGAACACCACCGGAAUUAAGAUUCCAGUACAUUAUUUCCAUAGCCGAGGAAAGUUCAAUCAAUAUUUGUGAACAUGAGUGACUCUCUCUUAAAGCCAGAAACCAGAGGAGUCAGUCUCAAACUUGCGAUGACAUUGAGUACUAAGUCUGGAGCCAUAGACAAUGAAUGGGAGACUGAUUUUGUGGACCCAUAGAAUGUUUGUUUUCUUUUUUAUACCCAAAUAAACUGUACCGUGCUGUAGCGUUCUCAGCUCUGAAGCAGAAAAUGUACCCAUAGGGACUGAAUCAACAUAACGCCACCCUAACAACUGCUAUUUCUACCAGGGGGCACAACUGAUAAUUGAUUUCAGUCGUGGAGAUAUGUGAAAUCGGCAAAUUUGUUUAUUUCUGGUAUCAUUUCCAGCCAUAACUAUACAGUUAAACAUGGUGGUCCCACCUAUGUGACAUCUCAGCAUUGUACUGCUGUGGACAGGGCUGCAGAAAAACAUAUUUUAGCCUCCUAAAAAGCCCCACCUGUCCAUUUUCAUUACACAGUCUAUGGAGUCAUUGAUAACAGUUUUCCCUAUUCACUGUUAAUGGAACAGCUCCAGUUUUAGCACUCAAGUUUUUGGAUUUGAAAGAGAGUCGUUCAUGUUUGCAAAUAUUUCUGGACUUUCUUACCAUAGAAAUAAAAGAUACACUGAAACAAUGUCCUUGAACAGUCAGUUUUUGUGUAAAGCUGCCUUCAAAACAAGCUGUGAAAAGUAUCAGCUUCAAUAUUUUGGAAAAUACUAUUAUUCAGUUUCUUGACAAGAGUUAGAUGAGAAGAUCAAUACUUCUGAAAAAGUGGUAUCAGUCUUCUUUGGCAGUUUUAUACUAAAUUUGAACAAAAACAAAUUUCUUUAAGGAUUUACUCAUUUAUUUCUAUGUACUUUCAUACGUUGAAAAAGUUAUUUGCUGUAACCAUUCCUAGAGACAGUAUUUAUGGGAAUGUCUACAAAACUUCACAUCAUUUUAUGCCAAGGGGGAAAACAAAGCAUUCACAAUG